AUGGCACGAUCACCUCAAAAGAUAAUCGGUGUCAGAAACUUCAGUCUAGGCGGGUUUGUCAACAGCAGCGUUGAAGCUACCUCGCAAGCCAUUGUGUCGCUGCACUCGAUGAAUGCAACGGGAAAUUGGACAGGCACCAUCGUGUUCUCGGCCUUGCUCAUCGCCUUAUGCAGAGCGCCGCUUCAGUACUACGCUAGACGCAUCAUUCAAGAACAGGGGGUUAUCGCACCCUUUAUAAGCGCCUGGAACUGGGAACUCAACGGAACCCGUCUCUCAAAAGCUAUACAACUAGCCCAGAUCCGGAAACGAAUGCUCAAGGAACGAGGGUGCCAGAACUGGAAGACUUGGGCCCCGGCACUCGGCAUGCCCAUGUGGUAUCUCAUGUCCGAAUCCUUAAGGCGUCUCUGCGGCGCCAACGGCGGAGUUCUUUCCUUGCUCACUGGCAACUACAAGAAUCAAGAGGCUUCAACUGAUGUCGCCCCAGCUCCCGUAUCGGAACAAGCAUCAACAGCAGUAUCGUCGUCCACCGAUGCUGUAUCUAGCAGCCUGGAUUCUAUAAGUUCUGUUGCGGAAGGCAUGUCCAAUGGCGGCCUGCUAUGGUUUACCGACCUCACGGUAGCCGAUCCAACAAUAUUGUUGCCUGCUAUGCUAAUGGGCACUCUGGGCUGGUCGUUUUUCCCUCGAGGCGAAAUGAGGAAGCUCGUUUUCAACCUUUCAUCGUCUGAGCAAUACAUGCCUCCCGGUAUGAAAUGGCGAGUUCGUUUCCAGAGAGGUCUACUACUCACGGCCAUCCUCAUCCCCGCACUUUGUGUCAACUUGCCAGCAGGCAUAUUUGUCUACUGGAUUUCCUCAAUGUUCUUCUCCCAGAUCUCUUCCAAGAUUAUGGAAAGAGUCUUCGGCAAAUACGUCCCUUGGAAGCCUUCCCCCCGCAGCGAGCGCUUUCACUUGCGGGGCUGA